AUGUUCACCGUACCACGUUUGCACAGCGUCGCAGGGUCCACGGCGACGCGGAUCUCGCGGCUGACGUCAGAAGCCCAAAGAGCGAGCGCGUUUGCGACCCAGCGUUUUCCUUCAACACGGCAACAUUCGGUGUUGACGGAACCAUCUCCGUCAAGACCAUCACUCUGGGAGAGGACGACCGAUAGUUUUCAGACCCUGAAACGCGACUCAAGAUGCAUUAGCGUAGCAGCUCCACGCGAACCAACAGCAGGAAGUGAGCCUGGCAUCGAUAUCACAAACGAGGAUGCAUGGCCUCAAUGGCGUCAGAAAGUGCAAUCACAGAUUACAGCUGUCGACUUCUCUGCCAACAGGAUCGUGAAAUACGAGCUCAACAAUGAGAUGCUUCAAGAGUUCCUUGAGAAGCCCCGAGAAGACUGGGUGACUUGUCGAUGGAUCAACGUCAACGGACUUAGCUGGGAUGUGGUUCGCCUUCUAGGCAAGAAGCAAAAGCUACACAGCCUAGCUAUUGAAGACCUGCUACACACAAGGAAUCGAACCAAGGCAGACUGGUACCCUGAGCAUGUCUUUGUUCUUUUGACUCUGCAGCGGCUGCUCCGCAAAAACGAAGGAGUUACAGACGGGCAAUCACAAGCACCUCCAAGACACGUCAGCACGAACAGCCCAGCUUACCGAGAAAAGCACGUACCUGCGGAGUACCUACAAGCUGUGAAGACAUUGCAGGCGUAUCGUACCGAUGCAGACCCUGAACGGACACGCUACAUGGAGGAGCACUCUACGCUGAACCCCAAAGGCCUCAUGGUCUCUGUGGAACAGGUGUCGAUGUUUUUGCAGAGUAAUAACACGUUGGUAUCGUUCUUUGAGCACUCUGCCGACGUAAUUGAAGAGCCUAUCUUGAAGCGACUGUCAUCACCAGAGACGGUUCUGAGGCAAAGCGGCGAUGCCAGUAUGGUUAUGCAUGCAAUUAUCGAUGGAAUUGUUGACCUUGCCAUUCCGAUUGCUGCAGCAUAUGAGGACAGCAUAGCCGAGCUGGAGCUGGACGUCCUGACAGACCCCAGUAUUGCACACUCAAAGGCUCUGUACAUCCUCACAUCCGAGCUCUCACUCCUUCGAUCCCAAAUCGCUCCGAUCACCAGUCUCGUUAACGCCCUCCGCCAACAUAACUCGAACGCUCUGAUGCAGACGACCAACUCUUCUCAAGGACCCUCAUCGUCUCACAUCGCCAACUCUCCACCUCCGUACACGCCCAAGGAUCCGUCGACAGCCUCCAUCACUAUCACAACACUCGCACACACUUACUUUGGCGACGUAGAGGACCACUGUAUCACCGUCACAGAGUCUCUUGAGCGCAUGCGGCGCUCUGCAGACCGCAUGAUUAACCUAAUCUUCAACACGAUGGGAGCAUACCAGAACGAAAGCAUGAAGCAGUUGACCUUUGUCACAAUCCUGUUCUUGCCAAUGACUUUCUUGGUAGGCUAUUUCGGCAUGAACUUCGAAGACAUGCCGUGUCUGAAGAACAGCGAUGCAUACUUCUGGUGGCUCUGUAUACCAGUGACGGGCACUAUGGUCUUGGUUCUGAUGCGGCAACGAGUCUGGCGUGGAUUGACGCGGUUCUGGCGGCGGAGAGAUGCUGCGAAGUCGCGCAGGGCUAGAUACUUGAAGGAACAGAAGUGGUAA